CCGACACAACAUGUCUUUCACACACAGUUUCUUCGCACACGCCGCGUUCUCUACCCUCGAAAAUCCACCCUAGAUUUCACCUUUAAACUCUCAUAAUGGGCAAAGCAGACAUCACAAGCAAGAAUCCAGACGACAUUGUCGUGACAUGCGCCCUACGCACCGCCAUUACAAAGGGCGGCAAGGGAGGCUUUAAAGAUACCGACGCCGCGGACAUGCUAGUCGGAGCGUUCAAGGCUCUGAUCGAACGUUCGAAGAUUGACCCUUCGAAGGUUGAUGACAUUGCCGUCGGCUCUGUCUUGGCACCCGGAGGAGGAGCCACAGAGUUCAGAGCAGCUGCGCUUGCAGCAGGCUUUCCAUCGUCCACCGCGGUCAAGAGUCUGAACCGUCAAUGUUCGUCUGGUUUAAUGGCAUGUGUGGACAUCGCGAAUGCAAUCAGGGCUGGCAUGAUUGAGGUUGGUGUGGGCGCUGGUGUUGAGAGCAUGAGCAAACAGUAUGGCCCUGCAGCCGUUACGGAAAUGUCGGACGAGCUUUUGUCACACCAAGCGGCAGCAGAAUGCCGGGUACCUAUGGGUCAACUUUCGGAACAAAUGGCUCAAGACAAGAAGAUUUCCCGCGCAUCGCAAGAUGAAUUCGCCGCUAGAUCAUAUCAAAAGGCCGUCGAGGCGCAGAAGAAAGGCUUAUUUGACCAGGAGAUUGCUCCUUUGACAGUUAAAUGGAUAGACCCAAAAACAGAGGAGGAAAAGAUCAUCACCGUGGCUAAGGACGAUGGCGUGAGAGAAAAUAUCACUGCUGAAUCUCUUAGCAAGAUCCGCCCGGCGUUCGCGAAGAAUGGUUCCAUCCAUGCGGGCAAUGCAUCCCAGGUGUCUGAUGGUGCUGCUGCAGUACUUCUUAUGAAACGAUCGACCGCGCAGAAACUAGGACAAAACAUCCUCGGCAAGUUUGUUGCCUCAUCCGUCGUCGGCGUUCCACCUCUCCUUAUGGGCAUUGGUCCGUGGAAAGCGAUCCCCGUUGCGCUCCAAAAAGCUGGUAUAAAUAAAGAAGACGUUGACAUCUGGGAGAUAAAUGAAGCUUUUGCAUCUCAAUGCCUGUGGUGCGCGAAUGAGCUUGGCUUGGACAUGAACAAGGUCAAUCCAAAGGGUGGAGCUAUCGCCUUCGGUCAUCCGCUAGGGAUGACUGGUGCGAGACAGAUUUCGACGCUGCUAUACGAAUUAAAGAGAACAAACAAGAAAAUUGGCGUCACAAGCAUGUGUGUGGGUACCGGAAUGGGCAUGGCUGCUGUAUGGGUGGCGGAAUAAUAUACUUGUAAAAUAACGUGUAACACUCAAAACAUAUGGUGGAUGGUGUAGUUUGUGUAUCUUAUGCUAUAUCUAACUUGAUUACAUAACCCCGAAUCGAGCAUCACAAUUCUACGGA